AUGGGAUAUGGAACUAUCCCAUUAAGUGAGUUUCAAAUAGAUGAUGAUUGCCAAACCAUUGAUAUUACAGCUCCACGCGAACCAAAAAGCGACGAAACGUUUUAUUUUGUUAUAUUGACGAAAUACGUAAUUAAUACUUCAAACAUUCUCAAUUUAAACUCUUCAGUACAACCAACUACUAUUAAAAGACCUCGCGAACAAAGUUCUGAUUUCGAAUACUUUUUAAUUUCUUUAAAUUCAUCAAUUACUGCAGUAUUUAUCACAGGAUUCUUUCCUGUUCCACUUUUGACUCGAUAUGAUUUUAAAUCUUCCAACAAAACAAAAAUCAACCUUGUUUUCAUUCCAUAUUACGAUACGACAUACCAUAUCCUAACUAAUGCACAAGAAGGAUCAGUAAAAUACUAUACAAAUUCAUCACAAAUAAAACCUUUAGAACCAGAAAACGAAAUUUUCAUUCGCGAAAACAAUUUCCUUAUCAUUUCUUAUACCAUUUUACCAAAUAGUACUAAUCCUUAUAUCGAUUUCGACUCAAUGGAACUCCAUAAUGACAAAUUACGAGAACAAGAUUAUUAUAACGAAAUUCAGAGUAUUAAUAACAAGUAUCAAGACUACGUUUAUAGUGCAAUAUCUCUAGGUAAUAAUAUUUUCAAGAUUUUACCAACAAAUCAAAAUUUGGAAAAUUAUACAGACAUAUGUCUUUUCGAAAAUUGUGCAUUCAUUACAACUCCUCAUAUGGAUGGUUAUAUUUUUGCAAAAGACACGAAAAAUUCUACAAUUGAUCUGAAUAAAGGAUUCACUAACAAAAAAGCACAAAUAAUUAAUUCUACACGUUAUCCAUUCAUUUUACUUUGCAGAAGUGCAGGAUAUCGCUAUUAUUUAACAGGCUUCAAAAAUACUACAAUAUAUUUCAGUAAAGAUGAAUUACAAUUUAAUGUUGGUCAAAUGUAUGUAGAUUUAAAUAACAAUAAAUUUUCUUUUGAUAAUUAUAAAAUUCAAAUAACCUCACCUACUUUUGAAGGUACUUUGCGUUUGACAUUAAAAGACACAAUAAAAAAUGUAUCAUUAACAUUUACAACGAAAAGUCUUUUCAAGAACUCUCUACAACCUGAAUACAUUAAAUUUGAUAUUGAUUCUGAUAUAGGAAUCAUAAAGGAAAACUUUAUGAAAUGUUCUUUCCAAUGUUAA